AUGAGUGGGUACCUUACCAAAGUUGAGACCACUGAAGAAAAUGACUUGCCUUCCCAAGCAACCAUGCCUCUUUGGGCAGGAGGGAAACCUCGUGUUCCUUCCCUUUUAAACCUUAUUACCAUCAUACAAGGCAGACAUUACCACGUCCAUCUUAUAGACAGGAAACUAAGGCCUGGGAGGUUGACAGGACUCAGCGAGUCUAAGCUCCCAACCCUGUCUGAAAUUCAUAGCUUCUGCUUGGGCCAGCAUUCUGGACUGCCUCUUCUUGUUUGGCGAUCUGCAACUCGUCUCCCAAGGGGCAGCCUGUGUCCUUGUUCUGGUCUUGGUUUGGAAGCUGUCUGGGAAGGGCCCUUCCAAAUUCAUGGCUCUGCUGGAGAGAACACAUUGGCAUGGCAGCCACAGCAAGUGACACGGGCCCUGAAGAAUUUUCCGUGCAAGGCGAGGAAGUUCGGACUGAGUAUGACUUCUAAGUCAGUUCACUCUCUGACACCAUCAGACAUUAAACUUGUGGCAGCCAUUGGCAACCUGGGAACUCCUCCAGCCUCUGGCAUGGUCAACAUGGAGAAAACUCACAGUAUUGAGAAUGAGCCACAGCAAGCCUGCAUGGCAGUCAUGACAGUCCUUUCAGACAUCAUCAGACAUUUCAACCCUUCUGUUCUGAUGCCCACGUGCUCUCCUGUGAAGAGUGGCUCAGGCCACAGUACUGCCGAAGACUUGUGGAUUCAGGCUAAAGAGCUGGUGAGACAUUUGAAAGAGAACCCGCAACUUGACUUUGAGAGCGACUGGAAACUCAUCAACGUGUUCUUCAGUAACACAAGCCAGUGUCACCUGUGUCCCUCUGCUCAGCAGAAAAGGCAUUUGAUGAAGAGCAUGGAAAAGCUGUGUGAGAUACUGAAUUACCUGCACCAGGAGGUUCCCAGAGCAUUUGUGAAUUUGGUGGAUCUCUCUGAGGUUUGGGACAUGUCUCAUCAGCAUCAAGAGACUGGGUUCAGCCCGGCACCCGAGCUUUGCAAUUGCUCGGAGGAGACAACGAAGUUGUCCAAAGCUGUCAUGCAGUGGUCUUAUAAGGAAGCCUGGGAAGGUCUCCUAGCCUCCAGCAAGUUCAACAACCAUGAAUCCUUCACAGUGGUUUUCCAGCCUUUCUUCUAUGAGGUAGAACCAUCUUUGGAGAGGUCCUCGCCCCAGGAUCCCAGCGCACUCGCCCUCAGGAUCUGGAACAACAUGAUGAAGCCAGUGGGUCACAAAGAUGAACUGUUUGAUGCAACAGAGAGAGAGAGAUUGGAAUGUCCAUCUCAGGAGAGCCCCUACCUGUUCACCUACAGAAAUAGCAACUACCAGGCCAAACAGCUGAAACCCAUAGGAAGGCUUCAGGUGAGAGAAGGCACAGAAUUUAGCUGUUUGGACAAGGACCCCUCGGACACAGUCCCCACAACAGUUCACAGGCUGAGGCCGGCUGACAUCAAGGUGAUUGGAGCCCUGGGUGACUCUCUCACGGCAGCCAAUGGGGCCGGGUCCAAAACUGGGAAUGUCUUGGACGUCUUAACUCAGUACCGAGGCCUGUCCUGGAGCAUUGGAGGAGAUGAGAACAUCAAGACGGUGACCACCCUGGCCAACAUCCUCCGGGAAUUCAACCCCUCCUUGAAGGGCUUCUCUGUUGGCACCGGGAAAGAAACUACUGCCAAUGCAUUCUUCAACCAGGCCGUGGCAGGAGCCAAAGCGGAGGACUUAACUACCCAGGCCCAAAAGCUGGUGAGCCUGAUGAAAGCGGACACGACAAUAGACUUUGAGAAUGAUUGGAAGAUAAUCACUGUCUUCAUAGGAGGCAACGACCUCUGUGCUUCUUGCAAUGACCUGGAUCACUAUUCUCCCCAAAACUUCACAGACAACAUCAAGAAGGCCUUGGACAUUCUCCAUGCAGAGGUUCCCCGGGCCUUUGUGAACAUGGUGAAGGUGCUUGAGAUCAUCGGCCUGAGGGACCUCUACAAAGAAACUAAAGUCAGCUGCCCGCGGCUUAUCCUCAGGUCUCUGUGUCCUUGUGUCCUGAAGUUUGACGAUAACUCAACAGAAUUUGCUGCCCUGGUUGAAAGGAACAGGCAGUAUCAGGAAGGAACUGAACAGCUGAUCGAGAGCGGGCGAUAUGACACCAGGGAUGAUUUCACUGUGGUUCUCCAGCCGUUCCUUGAAAAUGUGGCCGUGCCAAGGACCCCAGAGGGCUUGCCCGACAACUCCUACUUUGCCCCUGACUGUUUCCACUUUAACGUCAAGACUCACGCCCGCGCAGCCGUUGCCCUCUGGAAGAACAUGCUGGAACCUGUUGGCCAUAAGACGAGACAAGAGAAUUUUGAAGACAAGCUCCCUAUCAUGUGUCCGAACCAGACCUUGCCGUUUCUGAGCACCUACAAGAACAGCAACCAGGGUUAUGGAACCUGGACGUUGUGCGAGGACAGAGCCCCUUCUGCCUCACCACCAACCUCAGUGCAUGCCCUGAGACCUGCAGACAUCCAAGUCGUGGCAGCUCUAGGAGACUCUCUGACCGCUGGCAAUGGGAUCCGCUCCCAAGAGGAAAACCUCUCCGAUCUCAACACACAGUAUCGAGGACUGUCAUACAGCGCUGGUGGGGAUGCGUCCCUGGAGAAUGUGACCACCUUGCCCAAUAUCCUACGGGAGUUUAAUGGAAACCUCACAGGCUACGCAAUAGGCACCGGUGACGUCAAUUCUGCGAGCGCAUUCCUUAACCAGGCUGUACCUAGGGCAAAAGCUGAGAACCUUGUGAGCCAAGUCCAGACUCUGGUAGAGAAGAUGAAGACUGACCACAGAGUGAACUUCCUCCAAGACUGGAAGGUCAUCACAGUCAUGAUCGGGGCCAGUGACUUGUGUGACUUCUGCACGGAUACGAAUCGGUACUCCCCAGCCAACUUUUCUGACCAUCUCCGCAAUGCCUUGGACAUCCUGCAUAGGGAGGUACCCAGAGCCCUGGUCAACCUUGUGGACUUCAUGAACCCCAGUGUCAUACGGCAAGUGUUCCUGAAGAAUCCAGACAAAUGCCCAGUACAUCAGGCCAGUGUUCUGUGCAACUGUGUUCUGAGUCCGGGGGAGAAUUCCCAGGAGCUGGAUAGUCUGGAGGCCUUCUCCCAGUCCUACCAGAGGAGCAUGCUGCAGCUGGUUGAGUCAGGCCGCUACGAUACCCGGGAGGACUUCUCUGUGGUGCUGCAGCCCCUUUUCCGCAAUGCCAGGCUCCCCAUUCUAAAGAAUGGGCAACCAGACACAUCCUUCUUUGCCCCAGACUGCAUCCUCCCUAACCAGAAGUUCCACUCUCAGCUCUCGAGAGCCCUCUGGGCCAAUAUGCUUGAACCUCUGGGAAAGAAAACAGACACUUUGGAUCUGACAGCGUUCAUAGCCAUGGCCUGCCCCACUCAGGAUGAGCCCUUCCUGAAAACCUUCCGGAACAGUAACUACACGUACCCUUCCGAGCCAGCCAUUGAGAACUGGGGCAGUGACUUCCUGUGCACAGCGCAGAAUCCUUCCAGCAGUGUGCCCAGCUCAGUCCAUGAGCUCCGACCAGCAGACAUCAAGGUGGUGGCAGCGCUGGGUGACUCCGUGACAGCAGCCUCGGGAGCGCGGCCAAGUGAGUCCAGCAGUCUAACCACCUCCUGGAGGGGGCUGUCCUGGAGCAUUGGAGGAGAUGGAACGUUGGAGACCCAUACUACACUGCCUAACAUACUGAAGAAGUUCAACCCUUCCAUCCUUGGAUUCUCCACCGGUACCUUGGAAGAGACAGCGGGAUUAAAUAUGGCCAGAGAAGGAGCCAGAGCUCAGGACAUGCCGGCCCAGGCCCAGGCUCUGGUGGAGAAAAUGAAAGCCACACCUACAAUCAAUCUGAAGGAAGACUGGAAGCUGGUUACACUCUUCGUUGGGGGCAAUGACCUGUGUCAUUACUGUGAGAACUCGGAGAACCAGUUAGUCGAUGAGUAUAUCAAGCACAUCCAGCAGGCCUUGGACAUCCUCUAUGAGGAGCUUCCCAGGGUUUUCAUCAAUGUGGUGGAGGUCAUGGAACUGGCUGGCCUGUACCAGGGUGAAGGUGGGAAGUGUGCCAUGCCGCUGGCAGUUCAGAACUGCAGUUGCUUUGAGCGUAUUCACAACCCCACAGCAAUGCAGGAGCUGAAGAAAGUGAACUGGAACCUCCAGAGCGGCAUCUCCGGGCUUUCCUACUGGCCCCAGUACAUGCAGCGCGAGGACUUCGCAGUUGUCGUACAGCCUUUCUUCCGGCAAACCCUCAUCCCGCUGAAUGAGCAAGGGGACAUGGACCUCACUGUCUUCUCUGAAGACUGUUUCCACUUCUCAGAACGUGGGCAGGCUGAGAUGGCCAUUGCCCUCUGGAACAACAUGCUGGAACCAGUGGGCCGUAAGACAACUUCCAAUAACUUCACACACAGCCGGACCAAACUCAAGUGUCCUUCACCUGAAAGCCCAUUCCUCUACACCCUUUGGAGUACUCAGCUUCUCCCAGCCCAGCAGGCUGAAGUAUCCUCCAAGGCGCUGACCUGGGCAGUGCCAGUGGCAGCAAUAGGUGGUCUGGUAGUUGGCAUCCUUGGCAUGAUGCUGUGGAGAGCCAUGAGACGCCCCCGCAAGGAGGGUGAACAAGAGGAGAGCCUGCCUAUAACAAGAGGGAGUAAGAGGACAGAUGCCCAAGAUGUCAUCUGUCCACGACUGGCCAUACCCCCACCAAGGGAGAAUGAGUCUUUCUCUGCCUGCAUCUGCACCAGAAGCAAUCAGCUGAGGAGAGCCAUGGGGGGAGGCACUCUACUGAGCCCAAGGCAAUGCAGGCAACCCAUGCAUCAGCAGGGCUCUUCUUGCCCUUUGCCACCUAAGGAUAUGUCCCUAAGUCCUUUUGUCAAUGCUCCUAAAGGCAGCGCAAUCAGUGAGAUAUCUAUGGAUAAUUUUGACCUGGACAAUGAACUUUUGGCCUAUUCUAGUAACUCAUGGGCAGCACGAGGAAAUGGAUGGAUGAGUCAGAUCACUGAACUGCUGUCCCUGGGGCCUGACUGGUUUAGGCUUUGGUGUUACCCCAACCGGGAGUGGAAAUCUCCAAUGGCUUGGAUAUACGGGGCCUUGAUACUGGUGUGGCAAGUCAUGACUUGGCCCCAUGGCACAGGGGAUAUACCCAGAACAAAGGCAACUUGGGCCCAGUUCAGUCUGCUACUUUGUCACCUAAGCUUGGCCACAAGCCAGGUAAAGCUAGCCAUUGGACCUGGCUAUCCCUCUCUGGCUAAGAGGAGCUUGGCCCCUAAUGUGGAAGGGGUCUGCCCCUCUGCACAGAACAGGUCCUCCCACCAGAAUUCAGGCCACCGGCAUGGAGAAGAGACUGAGACACUGAGGACUGACAUCAGCAGUGGCAGCGUCUGCUAUGGAGCCAAAGACCCGGAUCCGAAUUCCAACCCUGCUGCUUCUCACCAUCCUUGGGACAUUAAUUUACUGUGCCCUUCCCUGCCAAGCAUCCUGCCAGGAGACUGCAAAGUCAAUAGUGACACUGUCCAGGUCUUCCACGAGCUUCUGGUGACGUCUUCAAAAGAAGCGGCAGCCAAGGUCACGAUCACAGAUGGUCCUCCUGAGGCAGACAUUUCCCAGGUUACAUUCAAGGAACACUGA